UUGUUGGGGCUUCCGCGGUGGUGGCGGCGUCAGCGGCGGUGGAACCCAUAGUGGCGCAAGGCUAGAGGGACCGGCGCAGCGCCCCAGCCGGAGGGUGGGCGCGCGGGGAGCGGGAUGAAGCCGGGGCUGUGAAGCCGAGGCGGCGGUGGCAGGGGGGAAGGGUCGGAUGCCGGUCGGGGGCACCACUGAGGCGGCGGGUCCCUGACCUCGGAGACAGGUCUGGACGUCCCCGCCGCGCCCAGUCCCAUCCGACCGUGACGCCGCGGGCCGGUGGAGGCGCGGCUCCAGCACGAUGAAGGAUUUGGGGGCAGAGUACUUGGCCGGUCGUGAAGGCGUCCAGCUCUUCGGAUUGUUGAACCUCUACCUAGAACAGGAACAGAGAUUCCAACCUCGAGAAAAAGGGCUGAGCUUGAUCGAGGCUACCCCGGAGAAUGAUAACACUUUGUGUCCAAGAUUGAGAAAUGCCAAAGUAGAAGAUUUAAGGAGUUUAACCAACUUUUUUGGAUCUUGCACUGAAACUUUUGUCCUGGCUGUCAAUAUUUUGGACAGAUUCUUGGCUCUUAUGAAGGUGAAACCUAAACAUUUGUCUUGCAUUGGAGUGUGUUGUUUUUUGCUGGCUGCUAGAAUAGUUGAAGAAGAAUGCAAUAUUCCGUCUACUCUUGAUGUAAUCCGGAUUAGCCAAUGUAAAUGUACUGCUUCUGACAUAAAACGGAUGGAAAAAAUAAUUUCAGAAAAAUUGCACUAUGAAUUGGAAGCUACUACUGCCUUAAACUUUUUGCACUUAUACCAUACUAUAGUACUUUGUCAUACUUCAGAAAGGAAAGAAAUACUGAGCCUUGAUAAACUGGAAGCUCAGCUGAAAGCUUGCUGCUGCAGACUUAUCUUUUCAAAAGCAAAACCAUCUGUAUUAGCUUUGUGCCUUCUCAAUUUGGAAGUAGAAACUUUGAAAUCCAUUGAAUUAUUGGAAAUUCUCCUGCUUGUUAAAAAACAUUCCAAGGUUAAUGACUCCGAGUUUGUUUACUGGAGGGAGUUAGUUUCUAAAUGCCUAGCUGAAUAUUCUUCUCCUGAAUGUUGCAAACCAGAUCUUAAGAAGUUGGUUUGGAUUGUUUCAAGGCGCACAGCCCAGAACCUCCACAAUAGCUACUAUAGUGUUCCUGAGUUGCCCACAAUACCGGAGGUGGGGUGUUUUGAUGAAAGUGAAAGCGAGGACUCCUGUGAAGAUAUGAGUUGUGGAGAAGAGAGCCUCAGCAGCUCCCCUCACGGUGAUCAGGAGUGCACGUUCUUCUUCAGCUUCAAAGUGGCACAGACACUGUGCUUUCCGUCUUAGAAAUCUCAUUGUUCUGGGUCCAAAAUUAAAGUGUGUGUACAGGUUUCAAAGCAAUAAAUGGGGGAGUAGGUAGUUUCCUGGUGCAGCCCCCAUCUAGGCAGGAAUUGCGUAGACUCUGGAAUACCUACCUUCUAUUUAUUAUUCAGAUCAGAUCUGGCCUAUUUUCAUAUUUAAUCCUAAGCCAUCAAAUGGGUUAGUGCCUCUUAAACAAUUAACAAUACUUCAGACAUUGGCACUUUAUUUUUCUCCUUGAUCUUUAGCUACGUGGGGGAGGAGGGAAGGUGCUGAUACCUUCAAUUUAUUACUUUUCAAGAAGAUUUUUAAAGAUGAAUAGUGUAGCUUCAACUUUUUUAUAAAGCCUUCAGGUGUCUUUAUUGAAACAGAUUGGGAGCGUGCAAGUGCUUCCUUUGCAGGGACAAUGGAUAAUCCUUUGAUGGUUUAUCUCAGAUCUCUCUCUCUCCCCCCCAUUCUCAGAGCAGAGAAUAUACUCUUAAAUGUCAAAAACCUUUUUUUUGUUGUUUUUUUGUUUUUUUAAAUGAUCAGUGUUCUAUCUGAUGCAGACUCUAGAAACUUAGGAAUUAUAAUGUUGACAUUUCUGUGAAUUUUAGUAUGUAAUAUCUUCAUUUCUUUGAGGUUUCUGCCAAAACAGAAAUAAGCAACAGACUAGGGUUGUUGGAUAGUUGCAUUCCUAAUGCCUAAGUGUUGUCAGACUAUAGUAUUAUUUUAAUGUUUUUAAAACAAUCCAUAAUCUAGUUUUGCAUGUACCUGUAUGAGAGCAGUGCAGCAAGUUGAACAGAACUAGGUAACUAUGGAAUUGAUAAAUGUUGAUCUAGUAGCACAUUUUGUCUCAUUUUCUUCUAUUAAAAAAGUCUGCAUGAUUACAUUGUAUUUCCUUUGUGAUUCACGUUUCAAAAAUAAUGGUAUUGUACAUGGGUGCCAAGACUGAAUAUGAAGUGUAAAAAAAAAAAAAACCUAAGUGUUUGUAGUAGUAUAGUUUUAAGCGUAUCUGUGUGGUGGUACAGCCAUAAGAAUAGGGGUUUAUAAACUCUGUACACAUGAGAUUUAGUACAGAGAAUUUUUUUAAACUUUAUAAACUGUAUAUAAAAAUGUAAAUCUUUAAAAAUGUACAUAAAAAUCCUGUAUUUUUUUACCGUGUGUGUGAUAGUCUAGUCAUUGCAUGUAAAUAUAAUUUAUUGUGUAUUCUGUAUUAUAAAUCAUAUAACGAUGACUUACUUUUUUAUUGGUAAGUCAGCAUCCAUUGGAUGUU